CUGACUCCCAAUCCUGUGCUCAUGUUUCAGUUUAUGAAGCCACCUGAGUCCAGAUUAGUUGACGCUGAUCGCUAUCUUGCACGGAGACUGCAAUUCAAAUUGAUCUCUACCAGUGUCUUGUUCGUCUAUCCAAGGAGCAUUCGACCCAGCAUUAAUUCCACAAGCAGUCAAUAAUGGGGAUAAGAUUCGCAAGACGAACCACGAGGCUCUGAACAUGGAUAUUAACUCCCUCGUUAUUAUCUAUUCUGGAUUUUAUCGCUGAACGCUACAGUAGUCCUGACAAUGGAACGCAGAAUUCGCAAGGACGCCGGAGGCACUUCCCUCACAACGACAUCUUCGGAUCAUCUGACGACUGAAAACGGAAAGAAUGAUAACGCAUCUUCGGAGGGGAAAUUAGCGGGUUCGGGAACAACGAGCAGUCAUACGAGCAGCCAUGGGUGGAUCUGGAUGUCCAUGCUGGCCACUCUAUACGGGCUGCAGCCUGUGAUCAUGCGGAAAUGCCUAAGUGCUGACAUCAUCAUACUCAGCCAGGUCAUGGCAGUCGACGUUGCCAAGAUGUUCUGUUCGGUCGCAGUGGUGGUUCUAGACGGGUCAGCCUGGCGCUUGUGGCACAGCUGGCGGAUAAGAGAGUUUAUACAGGGCUCCAUGGUUCCGGCUUUCGUGUAUACAGUGCAGAACGUGCUUAUCAACAUCGCUUAUCGCCAUCUACACCCGGUCACAUUCGCCAUGCUGUCUCAGACGAAGCUUCUCUUCACUGCCCUUUUCAACUUCAUCUUCCUCAGGCAGAAGCAGUCAGGCCGCCAGGUGCUGGCCCUCCUCGCCAUGCUCGUAGCAGCCGUGCUGCUUUCAAUCGCUGACCACGUGGAGCUCUCUCUCUGGGGGGGAGAGGGAAAGGGAGGGGGAGACGGAAAGGGAGGAAAGGAGGAAGCAGGGAGCGGCAAGGCUACUAGUGCAAGAAAUGGAGGGAGCGGAGGGUUGACGGAGAGUCUAGCAGCAUCGGUAGUGUUGGGAGUGAUUCCCAUGCUGGCUGCAUCUGUCACCUCUGGGUUCGGGUCCAUGUACUGCCAGUGGGUCUCCCAGGUUAAGGGCCGCAGCUCGUACCUGAUGACCAUCGAGAUGUCGGCUUUCAGCUUCUUCCUCCUCCUCUCCUCGCUCCUGCUGUUGCCCUCAUCGCAUGACGCCGUGCGCAUGAGGCAGCUCGGCUUCUUCCACGCCUGGACCCUCCUCUCCAUGGUGCCUAUAUUGACCAACGCCCUGGCAGGCAUUCUUGUGGGAGUGGUGGUGCAGGUGUCUGGGGGCUUAAAGAAGGGCUUUGUGAUGAUCAUAGCGCUGCUCGUGACAGCAGCAGCCCAGCUGCUGGUAGAAGGGGAGCCUCCCCCCCUGUUGGUGUGGGCAGCUUUCCCAAUGGUUGUGGCCAGCACGCACAUGCAUGCUGCCUACCCUUAUGUGGAGAAGAAGAAGGGUGGUGAGGAGGGGGAUACGGAUCUUAAGAAGACGGAGUAGGGGUGACCUUCCUUCCCUGCUGGUGUGGGUGGUGUUCCUGAUGGGGUGACCACGACGCACAUGCAUGCUGCCUACCCCUAAGUGGAGAAGACGGGCGGGGAGGAGGAGACUGAUCGCACGAAGACGGAGUAGGAGGUACCUUCUUCCCUGUUGGUGGGCGGCAUUCGGAAUUAUCAUGGCCAGCACGCCUAUGCAUGGUGCCUACCCUUUUCUGGAGAAGAAAGACGGUGGUGGGGAGGGGGUUACGGAUCGUACCCUGGAGAAGAAAGACGGAGCAGGGGGGACCCUUCUUCUCAGUCGGUACGGGUGGCGUUCCCAAUGGUCGUGGCCAGCACGCAUGUGCAUGCUGCCUACCCUGAUGUGGAGAAGAGGAGGGGUAGUGGGGAGGGGGACACGAAUCGUACGAAUACGGAGUGGGGGAGACCCUCCUUCCCGGUUGGUAGUAGCGGUGUUUCCCAUGGUAGGGGCCAGCGCUCAUGUGCGUGCCUGUGGCCUCUCUCAUGUGGAGCGGAAGAGGGGGAGAGAAAUGAGGAGAGUAGGGGGAGGUGAUGGGGGUGAGGGGGUGGUAGCAUGCCAGAGGGAAGGAGACGGAGUUGAAGAGGAGCAGGGCGGAAAGCAGCAGCAACCCCAUGAGUAACAGCACCAGUGUGUGUGUGUCUACCAAACCAAUGCUUAUUACCCUAUUGCUGUUCGGCCCGCCUCGCCUCUUGCAUGCGCUGAUGCCCUGUUGCCCCAUUUCAGGUGUAUAUGACGGUGCUGCUGUAUGUUCACCUCAGUCCUAUGCGCAAUCAUUUUUUCAUUAGUUAAAC